CUCUCCUGAGCCAGGUUUCUUCCGGGCGUCGUGGGAGGCGUUUCCUCGUUGUGUUUCUUGUCCAGGGUCUGUGGAGAUCGAGUCCUGGUCCCCGUGUUCCUGCGCCUCGGGCUGUGCGGAUAUUCUCGAGGACGCCAGAUGCCCGGACAGCGGGAAAUGGGGUCCCUGUCAUUUGAGGACGUGUCUGUGGACUUCACCCGGCAGGAGUGGCAGGAGCUGGAUGCUGCCCAGAGGACCCUCUACAGGGAUGUGAUGCUGGAGAACUACAGCAGCCUGCUGUUCUUGGGAUGCUGCAUGACCAAGCCUGAGGUGAUCGUCAAGUUGGAGCAUGGAUUUGGGCCAUGGAGGGUAGCAGAAGCCUCAGUCUGGAGCCUCCCAGAUGUUCUUAAGGUUGCUGAUCCCAUUGAUUCCAUCCAGACAAAUCAGAAGAGCCAUUUGUGUCAAGGUGGAAUCACCAACAGCAAGACAUUAAAUGACAAUAUGGUUGAAACUGAGUCAAAGUUGUGUCAGAAACUCUAUCGAAGGACAAAGAGCUAUAAAAGUAAAGCAUGCAUGAAGGUAUCUUACAAGGAAUCACAACACACAAGUAACAUGAUAUCUCAUACUUCCAAAAGAUCUUUGUAUUUCAUCUGCAAUUACAAUAAAUUACAAACUCUUUCUUCAAAGGAGGAUAAUGAAUAUAAGUGUGAGGAAAGCAGAAAAAUGUUUGUGGAGUCAGACCACACUGUUCCUAAGAGAAUUCACUCAGGAGAGAAUCUCUAUGCCUGCAUGGAAUUUGGGAAGGAAUCCACACAGAAGAUGACCUUUAUUGGUCAUGAGAGAAUGCAUACAGGUGAGAAGCCCUAUGAAUGUGCAGAAUGUGGGAAAGCAUUUGCUUACAAGUCGUACCUCACUGCUCAUGAGAAAGUUCAUAAUGGAGACAGACCCUAUGAAUGUUCGCAGUGUGGGAAACGUUUCUAUUGGAAGUCACGUCUCAAUAGACAUGUUAGAAUUCAUACAGGUGAGAAGCCCUAUGAAUGUACAGAAUGUGGGAAUGCUUUUGGUACGAGGGCCCAUCUUAUUCAACAUCAGAGUAUCCAUAAGAGUGAGAAGCCAUAUGCAUGUAUAGAAUGUGGAAAAGCUUUCUCUUUGAAGCAUUACCUCAGCUGGCAUCAGAGAAUUCAUACAGGAGAAAAGCCCUAUGAAUGUACACUAUGUGAAAAACGUUUCUACUGGAAGUCACAUCUCAGUAGACAUCAGAGAAUUCAUACAGGUGAGAAGCCCUAUGUAUGUUCAGAAUGCGGGAAAGCCUUCACUACAACAUGUCAACUUUUUCGUCAUCAGAGUGUACAUAUGAGGGAGAAGCUCUAUGACUGUACAGAAUGUGGGAAAGCUUUGAGUACUAAGUGUCAGCAUAUUCAUCAUCAUACUAUGCAUAUGAAUAAGAAACCCUAUACAUGUAUGGAAUGUGGGAAAGCUUUUGCUUUUAAGCAUUACCUCUAUUGUCAUCGGAGAAUUCAUAAGGGGAAGAAGCCCUAUGCAUGUACAGAAUGUGGGAAAACGUUCACUCGGAAGAUGACCCUUGUUGGUCAUCAGAGAAUUCAUACUGGUGAGAAACCCUUUCAAUGUACUGAAUGUGGAAAAGCUUUCCACAUGAAAUCAGACCUCUCUAAACAUCAGAGAACCCAUACCGGUGAGAAGCCCUAUGAAUGUGCUGAAUGUGGGAAAGCUUUCACUAGGAAGUUCAUUCUUAUUAUUCAUGAGAGAAAUCAUGCAGGUAAUAAGCCCUAUGCAUGUCCAGACUGUGGGAAAGCUUUCGCUGCCAAGUUUUACCUUGUUCAUCAUCAGAGAACACAUACGGGUGAGAAGCCUUUUGAAUGUACAGACUGUGGGAAAGGUUUCAUUGUCAAGGGGAGCCUCAUUCGUCACCAGAGAAAAUGUGGGAAAGCUAUCAACAUGAAAUCAGAUCUCAUUAAUCAUCAGAAAAACCGUACAGGUGAGAAGCCUUAUGUAUGUACAGAAUGUGGGAAAGCUUUCCACAUGAAAUCAGACCUCACUAGACAUCAGAGAAUCCAUACAGGUGAGAAGCCCUAUGAAUGUAAAGAAUGUGGGAAAGCUUUCACACGAAAGUCAAAUCUUAUUAUUCAUGAGAGAAGUCAUACAGGUAAAAAGCCCUAUGAAUGUUCAGACUGUGGAAAAGCUUUUGCUAGCAAUUGGUACCUCUGUCAUCAUAAAAGAACACAUGCAAAUGAGGCCUAUAAAUGUACACAUUGUGGGAAAGGUUUCACUCUGAAGUCAAAUCUUACUGUGCAUCAGAGAACUCAUACAGGUAAGAAGCCUUAUGAAUGUGCAGACUGUGGGAAAACUUUCACUAGGAAGUCCCGUCUUACUGUUCAUGAGGGAAAUCACACAGGUAAGAGGCCCUAUGAAUGUGCAGACUGUGGGAAAGCUUUUGCUACCAAGUCAUACCUGUGUCAUCAUCAGAAAACACAUACAGGCGAAAAACCCUAUAAAUGUACAGAUUGUGCCACUGGUUUCACGAUCAAGGGGAACCUCAUUCGUCAUCAGAGAAAAUGUGGGAAAGCAUUCAGAAGCUAACAUUAUUCAUAAGGGAAUUCACUUAGGUAUGUAGGCCUAUUAAACAGAAUAUUGGAACGAUGUCUAUGACAAUUCAGUAAUUGUUCCUCAUGAGAACUUGAGUGAGAAGACCUAUGAAUUCACACAAUGUGAGAAACAUUUCCAUUACAAGCACUAAAGAAAUUCAUACAUUUGUGAAGACCUAUGUUUAAAAACUAUCACUAGUAAGGCAUACAGAAUCUCCAUGAUCUGUAUGUUGAACAUUUGUCUAUGUUAACAGUUUUUUUUUUAAAGAAGGAAUUGUGGAACUUGCAGUAUAUUUAGAAUGUUUCAUUGGGCCUUGAAGAUAUUGCUUAGCAGUUAAGGCUCUUCCUGCAAAGCCUAAGGACACAAUGUUGGACUCUCCACAUGCCAUGAAAGCCAGAUGAACUAAUAUGAGGCAUGUGCAGGGUUGUACAUACCCACUAGGUGGUGCAAGCAUACAGAGUUUGAUUGCAGUGGCUGAGGCCCUGGCACACCAAUUCUCUGUCUACCUCUCUAAAAUUAAAAAAAAAAAAGAUAAUGUUUAAUUGGAUAAAACUUGUUUUAUUAUCAACAGCAUAAUAAAUUUCAUAAUUAUUUUUUAGUGUUGGUUAUACUCAUAUUAAAGGUUAUGUUCUUAUA